AUGACCCAUAUAGAAGGUGAUCAAGUAUGGAUACCUCAUUCUAUACAUGGAUAUUGUAAGGGCAAAGUAACCUCUUUAGGGGAUAAAAAAAUAAUAAAUGUACAAUUACUGGAAUCAAACGAAGAAAUAAAGGUCAAUCAACAAUCAAUUUUGCCUUAUAACAGCUCAGACGAUAAAAAUUUUAAUGAUAUGGUUGAAAUUCAAGAUUUAUCAGAGGCUAUAAUUUUAAAUAAUUUAAAUAUUAGAUAUAAAUCUGAUGAAAUUUAUACAUAUAUUGGAAAUGUUUUAAUCUCAAUUAAUCCUUACAAAAAUUUAAAUAUAUAUAGUAAUGAAAUUUUAAAUCAAUAUAAAGAUAUAAAUUUUCUAAAAGAAAAAUCACCACAUAUAUAUGCAGUAUCACUAAGAGCAUAUCAAUCGAUGGUAUCAGAAAAAAAGAAUCAAUCAAUUAUAAUAAGUGGCGAAUCAGGAUCAGGGAAAACAGAGGCAUCAAAAACGAUUUUACAGUUUUUAAUUAAUACAAGUGGUAGUAAUAUCAAUAAUAAUAAUAAUAAUAAUUCAAUAGAAAAAGAUAUUUUAACAUCAAACCCAAUUUUAGAAGCAUUUGGUAAUUCAAGAACAACCAAAAAUCAUAAUAGUAGUAGAUUUGGUAAAUUUUUAAAAAUUGAAUUUCGUUCAAGUGAUUUCAAGAUUGAUGGUGCUUCAAUUGAAACCUAUUUGUUAGAGAAGUCAAGAAUUUCACAUAGACCUGAUAGAUCAAAUCUCAGUUAUCAUAUUUUUUAUUAUUUGGUUUGGGGCGCCUCAUCAGAUGAAAGAAAGCUCUGGGGACUUGAAAAUGAUCCAUCAAAAUAUAGAUAUUUAGACGCAAAUAAAGAUGUUUUAGAUUCAUUUAAAAAUCAAUCAAUGAAUCCACAAAAGUCGGAUGAAAGCUUCAAACUAAUUAAACAAUCUAUGGAGUCAAUGUCAAUAAGUAAAGAACAAUGUGAUAAUAUAUUUUUAAUACUGGCUGCUAUUUUACAUUUGGGUAAUAUCGAAUUUGAAAAGGACGAUAAUGGUUUUUCAUCAGUCUCACAAAAGCCUCAGGUUUUAGAAGCUGUAGCUCAAGUAUCAAAAUUAUUGGGUUACUCGGAGCUCGUUUUUAAGCAAUCUUUAAUAAAUAGAAAUUUAAAAUCUGGCGGUAGAGGUUCUGUUUAUUGCAGACCAAUGGAAGUUUCUCAAUCUGAACAAACUAGAGAUGCUCUUUCAAAAUCGCUUUAUGUAAAAUUAUUUUCCCACAUUGUCGAAAAAAUUAAUUUAAAAUUCCUUCAAAAUACAACCUCAAGAGAUUUAGCUGGUGGUGUAGAUAAAAAGAAUAACUUAUUUAUAGGUGUUUUAGAUAUUUUUGGUUUUGAAAAUCUUUCAUCAAAUAACCUGGAACAAUUAUUAAUAAAUUUUACAAAUGAAAAACUUCAACAACAAUUCAAUUUAAAUGUUUUUGAAAACGAACAAAAAGAAUACUUGGCCGAGGGAAUACCAUGGAGUUCAUCCAAUUUUAUUGAUAACAAAGAAUGCAUCGAAUUAGUUGAAAAGAAAUCGUUUGGUAUCUUAUCUUUGCUUGAUGAUGAAUGUUUAAUGCCAAAGGGAUCAGAAACUGCACUUUUAGAAAAAUACAGUAAACAGUACCACAAUACAAACCAAUAUUAUAUAAGAACAUUGGCCAAAGGAACUCUUGGUAUCAAACAUUUUGCAGGUGAUGUAACUUAUCAAACUGAAAAUUGGUUGGAAAAAAAUAGAGAUACAGUUUCAGGGGAUGUUGAGGCAUUAUUAGUAGCAUCAUCGAAUCAAUUAGUAAAAUCAUUAUUUUCACCAUCAUCAACAGCACCACCAAACACACAACAAUCACCACCAUCACCAUCAAAUACAACUGCUAAAGCCUCACCACCAAGAGAAAGAUUUAAUUCAAAUAUUAAUUCAGGAUCAAGUGCAAACAAUAGUGGUAAUAAUCCACUUAGCAAUAGCGGAAGUCAUAAUAUUAAAAAAUCAACUCAAAGCUUAACAGUUUCAGGUCAUUUCGUUGAACAACUAAAUAGAUUAAUUGGAACCAUAAACUCAACCUCAGUACAUUAUGUGCGUUGUAUUAAACCAAAUAUAACUAUGGAUCCAAAUAACUUUAAUAAUUUACAUGUAUUACAUCAAUUAAGAAAUGUAGGUGUUUUAAAUACAAUCAAAGUUAGAAAAAUGGGCUAUUCAUAUAGAAGAGACUUCAAUCAGUUUUUAUCAAGAUAUAAAUGUAUUAAUAAAAAUGGUAAAAAUAAUAGUAAUAAUAAUCAAUUAUGUAAAAUAAUCUUAGAAAAUGUAAAUAGUAGUAUUAAAAUAACAACCACAACAAACAAUAAACCAAAUUUCCAAAUCGGAAAAACAAAGAUUUUUAUAUCAGAUGAGCUAUAUAUAGCGUUAGAGAAUAAUAGAUAUUCAAGCAUAGUAGAAUCUGUUAAAGUUAUUCAAUCAUUUUUUAAAAUGCUUAAGCUUAAAAGUGAUUUUAAAAAGAGAUUAGAUUCUUCAAAACAUUUACAAACAUUAAUCAGAUCCCAUAUAAAAAGAAAAGAGUAUCAUCAAUUGGUUAUUCAAGAAAACAAAAGAAAAGAGGAAGAGCACAAAAAAGAGUUGGAGAGACAAAGAAAAGAAGAGGAAGAGCGUCAAAAAGAAUUGGAAAGAAAAAGAAAAGAAGAGGAAAAGGAAAUGGAAAGAAAGAGAAAGGAAGAUGAAGAGCGUCAAAAAGAACUGGAAAGAAAGAAAAAAGAAGAAGAGAAAAAAAGAUUAAAAGAAGAGGAAAAAUUAAAAAAAGAAGAAGAAAAAUUAAGAAAAGAAGAAGAGAAAAAGAAUAAUAAAGAACAAAAGCAAACUUUUGGUUUAAAAAUGUUUUCCUCAAUGUUAACCAAAUCAAUUUCUAGUAGCACAAGCAACGAAGAUAUAAGUGGAUCAAAUCAUGAGAGUGGGUCUUUACAAUCAACAAAUAAUACAACCACCACAACCACUACAACCACUUCCUCAAUUAUAGUUUCAUCAGACUCAGCAUUUGAAUCAACAUCACCAUCACUACCAUCAUCUAUUCCAGCACCUCCACCACCACCAGUCAAAACACAACCAAUUGGUAUACCUUCAUCCAACAAUAACAAUAAUGCUUCAAAUAUUAAACAAACAACUGUUUGGACUCAUUCACCAACAAUCGCUGGUAGACAGUUGACUAAAGAGAAAUCAAGAGCUAGGAUCGGAAGACUUACCAUUAGAUCAGCCUCACCUCUUACUUUAAUGGGUGGAGAUAUUUCAAUCGGUCUUAAACCAACAGCCCAGUCAUUAACAACCUCACCACCAGAUAAUAUUUUAAAGCCAAUUGCCAAAAGAAAUGGUUUUGCAACCGAACCAUCUUCACCAUCCUCAUCAUCGAGUGUAUCACCACACUCAUUGUCACCAUCAACCUCGACUGAUAAUUUAAUGAAUGGCAUGGUAGGCACCAAUCAUUUGAAUUUUUUGGAUGGUCCUAUCAGCAAUGGCCCAUUAGGUGAAUCGUUGGAAGAAAAGAAUAAAAGAUUUCGUAUUAAAAUUGUUAAAGAAAUCAUUGUUACAGAAAAAGAUUACGUACGUGACCUUUAUAUUGUAAUUGACGUUUUCUUGAAUCAAAUCAAAGAAAAAGGUUUACUCUCACCAAAAGAUAUACAGACUCUUUUUUCAAAUAUAGAAAUUUUAAUUUCUGUCAACUCAAAUGUACUUAAGGAAUUAGAAAAACAUCAAGACCCAACCUAUGAAAAUGUAAAUAUUGGUAAAGCUUUUCUAGACAUGUCACAUUAUUUAAAAAUGUAUACAGCCUAUUGCUCGCAUCAAGAAGCUGCAUUAAAACUACUCGAGGAAGAGAAACUAAAGAAUCCAGCAUUUAGAGAGUUUUUAGAUUCUUGUAUGAACGACCCAAGAUGUAGAGGUUUACCAUUAAACAGUUUUAUCAUUAAACCGGUGCAAAGAAUUUGUAAAUAUCCAUUAUUAAUCAAAGAGGUAAUAAGGUUCACACCUGAUGACCAUCCUGAUCGUGCUCCAUUAGAAGAGGUUGAUAAAAAGAUCUCUGAUAUCGUCCAAUCAAUUAAUGAAGCAAAAAGAACCCUCGAAAUCUUUCAAAAAAUUGUCGAACUUCAAAACUCAAUCGAUGGACUCGAAGAUACUGAUCUUAUGGAAAAAGGAAGAACCUUUUUAAUGGAAGGUAUAGUAUCAUCAGUUAAAGAAUUAAAUUCUGAAGACUCACUCUCAAGAACUAUUUAUUUAUUCAAUAAUUUAAUAUUGAUUUGUUCUUCUGGUACAAAUGUUUUGUCAUCAACAAUAAAUCAAUUUAAAUCAAAAAAAUUAAAAUUAAAAGCUAAAAUCCCAAUCAAUUUUGCAAGAUUAAUGUUUGUUUCCGAUACCGACUCUGUAAAAUAUGCUUUAGAAAUUAUAAAUACAAAAGAAAAUAGUAAUUAUAUUCUUUGUUUUAAUAAUGAUCAAGAUCGUACAAAAUGGUUUAAACAAAUUAAAUCAUUAAUUCAAGAAACCAAAUUCUCUGUUGUAAAUUCAAGUAGUAAAAAAUUAAAUACAAUAGGUCAAUCAAGAUUAUCAUUAACAACUUCCUAA